AUGGCUGGAACACAAGAUGUUAUCGGGCACAAUGCCCCAGUGGGUGAUGAAACUGAUGUGAAGGAUACUUCAGCUGAAGAGGUGAGAGAUAUGGAAUCAGAUGCUGAGUCUACAAACUCUAGAGCUGGGUCCAUAUGGACAAUUAUGGGAUCUGCAAUGGCGAACUAUUCAGAUGGGUACCAGCAAGGUUUAGCAUCAAGUACAAAUGUAGUAUUCAAUCAUUUGCUAGGCACCAAAAUCUACACUUCUACUAUCCAAACCCGAAUUUCCAACGCACUUCUCGUCGGUUCCGUCAUAGGUAUCCUCAUCCUCGGCUACACCUCCGAUAAAUUCUCCCGUAAAGGUGGUAUGCUCUUUACAUCCACACUCGUGAUCAUUGGAUCUCUCCUCUCCACCCUCGCUUUCCAAGUCCAACCAUCCUCCCACAUGCUCUGGUUCCUAACCAUCGCUCGCGGCAUCGCCGGUGUAGGCGUCGGCGGCGAAUAUCCCACCUCCGCCGCCGCGGCACUCGAAGGAUCAGCCGACCACUUCGAUGCCCACCGAGGACCCAUCCAAGUAUUCAUCUCGACCCUAAUGGCCACCACCGGCUCCCCCACCUGCACUCUCGUUUAUCUCCUCUCUCUCCUCGCCUCAAACAACAACCUCACCAUCGCCUUCCACGCCAUCUACAGCAUAAGCACCAUCCUCCCCCUCUUCAUCAUGCUCUUCCGCCUCCGCAUGACCGACGGCUCCCUCUUCCGCAACUCCAAUCUCAAAACCCGUCCCAUCCCCUGGCGCUUCGUCAUCCGCAAAUACGGGCUCCGCUGUCUCGGCACCAGCACCGCUUUUUUCCUCUACGACUUUGUUAAUUUCCCUAAUAGCAUCAUGAGCGCCGCAAUCAUCAACGGAUUGGUCCCCGGUAAAAAUGUCCGCACAGUAGCGAUGUGGCAAUUUAUCCUGGCCAUCUUCCCCAUUCCAGGCGUGCUGUUGGGUAUGUGGCUUGUGAAUCGCAUCGGCCGCAAGUGGACGGGCAUUCUGGGCUUCUCGGGUUACGUCAUCUUGGGCUUUAUUAUAGGAGGCUGUUAUGAUAGUCUGACGACGCCAAAAAAUCUCCCGGCGUUUGUGGUGCUGUAUGGACUUUUUGCCUGUUUGGGUCAUAUGGGGCCGGGUGCGACGAUUGGGUUGAUUAGUGCGGAGAGCUUUCCGACGGCGAUUAGGGGGUUGGGGUAUGGAGUUAGCGCAGGGUUUGGAAAAGCAGGCGCAGCAAUCGGAACACAGGUCUUCACUCCAAUACAAUUGGUAGCAGGCAAGAGCAGUACGUUUUUUGUAGCGGGGGGUGUGGGGGUUUUGGGGGUGGCGGUUUAUUGGUUUUUACCCGAGGGGAGAGAUGUGGAUUUGAGGGAAUUGGAUAAGGAGUUUGAGAGGGGGUUGGAAUUUGAAGGGGUUGAAAUUUGA